UUUUUCUCUCAAAGAAAUCGAUUUACAUCCAAUGCAGCACUGCCUUGCAUCCAAUUGGACGUGCGAUAGUCGCCGUGCGUGCAAUGGUGGAAAAGUCUGCACUAGCAAUAAUUGGUCGACAUUUAGAACGCAAAUGGACCACUGUUCUUGGAGUUGGAUUUCCAGGCAAAAAAAGUGGUAUAUCAGAGCGGCGACCGAUAAGUGAGCGGAUAAAAUCUUCGUUCGGGAGCGAAUUCGCUCUUGAAAUUCCGGUUGGAAAAGCCGAACACAAAUCGAAACGAGAGAGAAAAAAAUAAAACUCUCUCUCUCCAUGCUCUCGCACUAUUUUCGUAUCCGCGACCGGAGAGAGAUUUCUAUGUUGCGAUUUGUGUUCGAAAAAGGGGGGAAAACGGACAAGCAUACACGAACGAGAAAGCGUUCCGCAUGCGAUUGGCGGCUGUCUCUUGCCUUCCCUCGGAUCGGCCGCACUAUGGGCAUGCGGCACAAAUGGUCAAACUGCGUUACACCGCUAAAUCGUGGAAGCGGAGCAAAAGGACCGAAGAUGAUGUUUUCUCCCGCUUUGUCGCGAUGUCUGUUUUAGAGGAGAAACAGAGAGAGAGCGUGUGAGAGAAAGAGAGAGAGCCAGCGGAGACGGAAAGAGAGCGCAACUAAGACCCGAACGUUGGACCCGACCUGUCGCGGCGAUGUCGCUUGCGUAUGAAAUGCGUUUGGCGCAAGAAUUUCGUUCACUUCGUCGUUCUGAGAAGACCUGUCGCACCGCGUACCGUUGCGUAUCGAAUGCGAUUGGCGCAAGAAUUUUAUCCUGCGCGGUAUACGUAAGCGUUGGAGCUACGAUUUCGAUAGUAAUCCCCCGCACGCUAAGAUCGUUGGCGAAAUUGUACGUGUGUUUGUUUCUGUGUGUGUGCGCGCGGAAAAAAGAUUUUCUGAGUAGUGUUUGAAGUAGGAAAAGUUUUGCUUAUUGAGUGAAAGUGAAAUUUUACAUAAACCCCGUGUGCCAAGCCGCAAUUGCCCCCUGUGUGUGCCGACGUUUGCAGCCAGAACCAAGUAGGCCAUCGAGAGGUUUCCCCUUCAGACGUUGUUCGGGCAGAGCAGUUCGAUCGAACGGGGCAGGCAUUUGCAGCAGCAGCAGCAUAAGCAUCGUCAUCGUCGGUAACCAAUAGUAGUAGUAGUAGGGUAACAUCAUCAUCAUCAAUAUCAUCAUCAUCAUCACCAUCAUAGCAGACGCAGGAAAAGGACUACGUUGUGACUGCCUGCGAUUUUCGGAGGAUAAUGAAAAUCGAUCUAAUAACGGCAGCGGCAAAAGUUAUACACACGCAGCAAAAGCCCGCAGAAGAAAACCACCGUGCUGGUGGAGCUGUGAUGUGUCAAGUGUGGCCUGUCGGUGUUCACGUUUUUAAUUAGCCACGCUUUUUGGGGUUUUAAUUUGGUUCGUUGGCCAAUAUCCCUUUUUACCGAUCGGUUUCCUAUCGUCCAAGAGUUGGGUGCAAUCUCUGUGUAUCUUUGUGCGUUUCUGUGUGUUUAUGAGUGUCUGUAUGUGUGUGUAAAUGGUGAUGAAGUUGCAAGCAAAUUGAAUAAAUCGGAUGUGUUUCCAGUGCUUCAUGGCCUGCUAUAUCGGGUGUCUUAAGGAAAUGUGCGAUCAACAACAGCAGCAGCAUCAUCAAGCAAAAGUUGUGCUGACAAGCUGUGUGUGCGGUGGUGUGUGAGAUUAUUACAUUGAUAGCAGCGUGCAAUCGGUAUCAAACCCGCCCGGUCCGGCCAGAUCCGUGUUGUCCGACGACGCAUUGUGGUUCCCGGUAUUGUUGAAUGGUUAUUUUUUUGGUUCGUUUUUGCCAUUGCAUCAAUUAAUGCCGAAUCGGUUGGUACGACACGACCGGAGAGUGAACGCGCAGCACAAAAAGCAAUUCCUUUCCAACGCGCCGUUGAACUGUGAUGGUGCUCGACGUGCAAAAGUUCUAUCGUAAGGAGCCCGACCGGCUGAGGCAGCCGCGAUUCGUGUAGCUCUGCCAUGACCAAGCAGCUCUGGAACUGCGAUACAUCCUGGCGAUGUGUCCAGGCAUUGGCAGUGAUCCUGACCAUCCUGCUAUUGCCCGGUACAGGUGGUGCGCUGGAUCCUGGCAUCGAUUUAUUGGACGCGUUAAAUCUACACUCAAACCUGUCCCAAUACCAAGGGGUGACGAUAACACCAUCCAGAGUUUUUCAUUUGUCAGGUCUCGAUCGAAAUCUUGUUCUUCCGGCUGCGGUUUUUCACCGGGCAGUCGAGCAGAUGAAAAAAUCUCCAGAAUUUACCUUUUCCGUUGUCCUAAAGCAAGAGCAAUCCAAUUCUGGGACCAUAAUAUCAUUUUCUAACGGAAUUAAUAGGUAUUUAGAAUUACAAUCAAGUGGAAGACGUGACGAAAUACGUUUUCAUUACACACACAUAACAGCAGCGGGUGCAACGCAGAUUCUGACGGAAACGUUUCCGUAUCGACUAGCGGACGAUAUCGAGCACAAGGUGUCGCUUACAGUCAGCGGCACUGAAAUGCAACUAUUCAUCGACUGCCAUCCACUGUAUAAAAGAGUGACACAUUUUUUACCAGAUAGAAAUUUUAGUGCUUCCAAUAUGCAAUUAUUCGUCGGACAAAGGAACUCAAAUAGUCAUUAUUUAUUUAAGGGAGAAAUAAAAGAUUUACGUCUCAUCACUGGGUCUUACGGUUAUUUAUCUCAAUGCGAGCUGAUGGACGCACAAUGUCCCACGUGUGGACAGUUCUUAGAGUUAGAAAAUGCUUUAUUAGAAUUAAAACAAACAAUGUCGCUGUUAACAAAAAGGCUAGUGGAAGCAGAGAAGCGCGUCUCAUACAUUGAGGAAUGUGAUUGUAAAAAAUCAUGCUUAAUAAAUGGUACAACUAAGAACGAUGGUGAUGCCUGGGAUAUUGGCUGCAGUCGGUGUGAAUGCAAACAAGGCGUAGUCAAAUGUGGUCCAAGACCAUGUCCAGAAGUUAAAUGUAAACAUCCAGUAUUAAAGGAGGGCGAAUGUUGUCCAGUGUGUUUGAAAAGCUGUUACAUUACUAAGAAAGACUUUGAGCAUGGUGAAAUCCAAAUUCUUGGCUGUAGAAACUGUUCGUGCGUGGACGGUAAUAUGCACUGCGAAUUUCUGCAGUGUCCAGAGCUAAAGUGUCCCCCCGAGCAACAGAUGUCAGUGACGGAUGAGUGCUGCAAGUUUUGUCAAGAUACUCCACAUAGGCGAAAAGCACGGCCACACAAGCGACCGCAUGGCGGUGGUGGUGGCGGCGGCGGUAAUAGGAGGCAACAUCACAAGAAUUCUACUCACAGAAACAAACAUUCAAAGAAAAAGAAGCACGAACAAGCAUUACAGUUGCAAGCGACCGAAGAUGUGGAUGAGUGCACUCAGCAGGGUGGUCUUAAUGGUAACCACUGUCAUCUCAACACGCGAUGCGUUAACACGUUUGGCUCGUACAUUUGCGAAUGUUUACCUGGGUACCGAAGGCAGGACAAGUUUAACUGCGUGGAGAUGGACGAAUGUAAAUCGGGCGAUCACAAUUGCCACGAGAAUGCGGAUUGCAUUAACACGCUCGGUUCGUACCAUUGCCAAUGUAAGGAAGGCUACACCGGCAAUGGGCGCGACUGCAAACCUGUGUGCAAUCAAACUUGCUUGAACGGGGGUGAAUGUCGAUCACCGAAUGUCUGCACCUGCCGCACGGGAUACAUCGGCGAAUCGUGCGAGAAAGAUCUGGACGAGUGUGCGACAGGGCUGCAUCGAUGUAAGGACACGACGGAUUGUGUAAACAUGCCGGGCUGGUACUUCUGCAAGUGCAAGGCCGGAUUCGAAACCAAAGGCAAAGAGUGUGUAGAUAUAGAUGAGUGUUACCUCAAUACGCAUAGCUGUCAUCCGACGGCCCAGUGCGUGAACACGCCGGGACACUUCCGAUGCGAGUGUCCGGCCGAAGGCGAUCCGGACUGCAGACUAAGUUGCAUGUUCGAGGAUCGCGAGCUGCGCGACGGUGACAAAGUAUCGCCCAGUAAUGCACCAUGCAAAAUGUGUACCUGCUCAAAGGGUGUGAUCAGCUGUGUCGAGCCCCCGUGCAACUGUUCGUCGUGGCGCCCAGGGGUUGUCAGCGAACUGUGCUGCCCGCAGUGCGACCCCAAACAGUCCUGUCAGCACCAGGAGCUGAAGCAUGUCACGUUUCGCAGCGGCGAGCAGUGGAUAUAUCAAUGUCAAACGUGUGAAUGUUUGUACGGCGAAUUUGACUGUUGGAAGCUUGAGUGUCCUCCACUAACAUGUGAUAAUCCGAUGCCGGCCGGACCGGCAGACUGUUGUCCACGAUGUCCGGACGACAGGUGCGGGUUUGCGAACCUGACGAAACUAAUUACUAGCAGUGGCGCUGAGGAUGUCGGUGUCGGAACAACAUGCUUGUACGGGAACCAUGUAUACCCGCCUGGACCGUUUAAAUAUCCGUCCAGAGAAUGUACCACCUGUUCCUGUAAGGUCCCCUACUGUGCCCUACUGGUGAGCAAUUCCGCGUGUUGUGUGCAUCGAACGGCAAGAUCACCUGUCGUUACGACGAUAACUGCACUGUUGCUAAUCAUCGCGGUGCACUACGAAUGGUGGAGGAGCUUAAUGCGAACAGUAGGCUCAACGCUAGCUCACCUUAUCAUAAUCAACCAUCGCAAGCAACGACCCCAAAGAUGUUGGAGCAUCAGCUGCUGCACCGCAGUCUGCCUCACAGGACAGCGACCACCAAUAGUUUAUCGAAAGCGGCUACCCGAGUUGACCGAACCAGCCGUAACGCAAUGCCGCCAACAGAAGCAGCAGCAGCAGAGACCGGAGCAAGCAGCACAAUUAGCAGUAAACAACCUUUUAAUCAAGCGCCAGAUGAAGCAGCAAUUGAACGGACGUUUGCCGCUGUCUCCACUAAGGUCAAUGCUGGUGUUAUUGCAGCAGAACCAGUCGGGUCCAGACUCGACGUGGCUCCCGCACAAUCAAGCCGCGACGAAAACCUGCAGCCAACGGUGUCGGCCAUCACGGACACCAUUCAACCUCUUGAUCCUGACGAGCGUGGGCAACUCGCAGCUGACGCACAACACGAUCCAUCGUCCGCUAUGGAACAACGAGCAGCCAGUAGUGAUGGCACUACUACUGUGCAGCCAACAGCGCCACAACAGUCACUCGCAGCAGCAGCAACAACAACGAAGACACACAGAAAACGAUCCCUACUGCAAACACUCCCGUUUAUCGAUUCGGUUAGUGAUACGGACGUGGAUCCUGUUGCCCCGAGCCGCCAUACCAACGCGGCCAACAAGCGUUCGAAGCGUAGUGAACGAGGAUAGGAAGAUUGCACGAUUGCCACGCAUUACACCAAGCCCCCUGUAAUACAAACGCAAACCAAAACUGUUCCCAAAAUUAAUUUACUAUAUUAUCGACAAAGCGUGUUCGUAUAAUUCGUAUACAACGAAAACAGCAACACUAAUGCAAGGAUAACACGUGGAGUGAGUGAGUUUUGAGCGAGUUUUGUUUCAAGUUUUGGAUCGAAAGAUCAUUGAUUGAAUAAGUUAACGUUGCGAAACACGUGCGCGCGGGCUUGUGUUUCUGACAAUUCUGCAAAACAAUUACACAUUUGGUACUUCUUAACCAGUUCAUUGACACACACUCACACACACACAGAGUACAAUUCAAAUCUCAAAUUAACUCUGAUCAAAAGCGCAUACCUGAUACUAAUAUCGACAUAGGCAGUCAGGUUUUGAAGUUUUACCAAGUUCCAAAUGUUGUUAAAGAUUCCUGCGCCAAUGCGCCCCGCCCCAAUACACAUAUAUUCUAAAAUGCAUUCCUCUCCAACUCCGCCUUCAUCAUACAGAAAAGAAAGCAGUUGACGCAAUACGGCAAAAAAGCACGGCGAGCAAAGAAAACAUAAAAACAUAAAAAAGGCAGGAUCAUGGGUAUAACAAUGACCCGAACGCGCGCGACUAAAACUAAACACGCAAAUGCUGUUAACAUUAAAGAAUCUCCUCUAACGGCCUCCAGUAACAAAAUUGGCCUGCGGGUCGAGCAGUUGCCGGUCGAGAAGGUAAUUUAAACAAGAGCAUAUUUGCAACUCUGCAACGACGGAAGGGACGCUCUAACGUUCUGGAUUGUUUUGCAUACGUUUGACACCAACGAAGAAGGUUGUUAGUUCGAAAAUGGGCUACAUACAUAAUUAGUGUAAUGUGUACAAAAUAGUAAACUAAACCGUUGCGGCAUUGCAAUUGGAUUGGAAUGUUUCGCCCGGAUGUGUGUACUAUGUGUUCGAUAGUUUGGUGGAUAAUCAGUACUUACAUUAUUCUAAGCAGUUAAGCAGCAGCAGCCCGUUUGCGCCAGAAUAACAGACAGACAGUAAAACAAAAAAAGAUAGAACUAAACGAUAGGAAUAGUGCAAGUAGAUAGUUUAAUGUAAUUGUGACAAAUCUGACACAAUACAAUGUUCAACAAAUUGCUUGGUUCUAGUCAUUGACGAACAAAAGGGAACUGUAAGGAAAAUUAUUUAUUUCAAACCACAUCCCCCCUUCCCAGCACCCCCCCUCCCCUUCUGAAAUUGCAUUGUGUUUGGUUUUGUUUGAACGUAAAGUCCUACUGACUCCUCCUGCUCGAUUUAUAUAAAACAGACAAAACCGGGAUGAAAUGCUAUGGAACCCUUUUGAGUUUCACUAUUUAUUCAUUCGACAAACAACCAGGCACACGCAAUUUGUGAAAUGUUUGUUCAUACGAUUCCUGCUCAUUCCCAUCCCCUGAACCCCCCGAACCCUACCCCCAUCUCUCUGUACUCAUAUUUAGCGUUAAGCCAUGUUUGUGUGGAUUUUAUUGGAAGUUUAAUUUACGCAAUUUAAAUAUUUUAUUUGUACAAUUAAACAAAACAUUAGCAUAAUGUACUUAAGUGUUUUAACUUUUUACGAGCCUUAGAAAAGAUGACAUACCAAUGCAUCAUACGCGAUGCCUUGGAAAAUACUAGGAAAACAAAACCAACUAAAUGUAACUUAACAAAACACACACACAUACACGUUUAAUGGGCAUACUGUUCCAUUGAAAAGUAUAAAGAUUAGAACAAGAUUAAACACUUCAAUCCACGAUAAUGCUAAUAUUGAACAUAGUGCAACAAAAUGAGUUACGACUACGAAAUGUAUGCCGUUUAGAGGAAUAAGUAUCAAUACGAUAAGACGAUUAACUAUCUCGUUGGUUGAACAGCUAAAUGACCCACACACACAACGACUAGAACCACCCGCUUGCAAAUAGCGGGGGCAAUUGAGUUGCAUAUUAAGAUGCAGAGUGUAGCACGGAUAAAUCAAUAAAAUUAGUACUCGAUCCGUUUAUACAAAUAUUUAUGUAUUUGGUUGUACUUUGCAGGGAAAAGGGCAGGACAUUCGACAGUGCGAAAUAAACCACACCUUCUUUACAAUUAACUUUGUUACUGCAACCAUAAGUACGUGAACGUGAAAUUAAUGACGCUCUUAUAAACACCGAACAUUGUGUUUUUUUUAACCACCCCCAAUAACGAUAGCUUUCCAAAAAGGGCUCUCAACGGCCGGAAAAUUUGUCCGCAUGAUAUACUUACACCGUAGGAACAUUUAGGAGGCAGCAAAUUAUCUACUUUGAAUCGAAAAUUUUAAAAUAAAUCAAAACCAAGUAAACCACUAACGUAUAUAAAUAGUAAGGCUCCGUAAGGAUAUCGCUUUCUAUACCUAACAAAACACACAAAUCAGUCAGUGGAAUUAGGAGAAAUGGUAAACACUUAAGUUUUCGUCUCUCGUCUCGACUCGUAUUGUUUCGAGUUCUGUGUUGUUUAAGUUUUGAUUUCAAUGUUUUUCACUCACUAUCGACCCUGCUGUACAUAGGAGCACAAGCACUACACUACUUUAAUUUUUCAUACAAAUUCAUAGUAACAUUACAUAUUGAGCUGAAAAGACGCGGUGAAUAAAGAGACGAAUACCCUUACGUUCCCAAUUUAAAUGUCCUUACUAGAAUGUAUUAGAGAAGCUGUAGACAUUGAUUGGAAGGAAACAACAUAAAUAUGAAACGUUUAGACAUCGGCGGCAAUGCAAGCUACGUGGAGCCUACCAACAUAGAUGACUCUCUUCAUGACUGGAAACUGUACAUGUAUUUAUACGUCUUUAUAUGUUGUACAUCUUUAUUUAUCCAAAGCACAGGCGCAUGGAUAAAUAGGAUAUAAAGACUAUAUAUUGAGUAUAUAACACUAUAUAUAUAUAUACAACUAUACAUAGCCUACGCAUUGUAACUUAUUAUGGUUAGAUUAGUUUAAAAACUUUUAGGAUAACCAACAGAGAUUCUGAUGUACAUAGGUAGCUAACAACGAACAAAACACAUAAGUAAAUAAUUAAACAUUAGGAGAGAACACAGUAAAAAUUAAAACAAACAAAAAAACAGUAGCAAUUAAAAUCAAUUGACAAAUUUUGCAUGAAGAAGCAGAUGUACCCCCAAAAAGGAACAGAAAGAAACUCUCAUUCAGUUAAACCAAAUUAUAAAAAGAAGAAAGAAACGUAAAUUUGCAGAGAAAAAGCAAAAUACAGCAAACCCCACAAAACAAGCAUGAACGAAGGAAAUCUUCCACGAACGAGAUCGAUUUGAUGCGAUAGCAAACGGAAAGUCAAUCAAAUUUUGAUCAAUGUUUUCAGCAUACUGAAACACAUUGCCCUUAGAGCUCGGGGGUACAACACAAAAAGUAACUUACGAACAAAAACAUAAUAACACCGAAACAUAAUAUAAUAAACCGCAGAGGAUACCCCCUAAACACAUGUUCCGGCAGUCGAAUCUGUACAAUAAGAAUUUAAACGCGGUUGCAAUUGCAAAUGCAGGCGAAUAAUUUGAAUCGAAUAACGAUAAGGGGAUGUUAAGCGUUGUUUUUAACUCUUUAAUUUAAAACGAAGAAGAAAAAGUGUGCAAAUCUGAUCCUGUACCCAAGCGAAACCCGGUUCGAUCUGUAUAUUUUUGUGCACAUCUUAUUGUAAUAGGAAGGAUACGUUUUUUUGUCGUCUUAUUUAACGUUUUGCGAGUAAGUUAUAUUUAAAUUGUGACGCUUUUGGCAGAUGUACGGCGUUUUGUUCACCAAAUAUAACGUUCGAAGUAUGUAUCUUCUUUCGGGGAUUGGUCAUUACGCUGCCAUUUGUUAUAGUUCUUAUAUUAUUCCAGUGAACUGAGGAAGUACGACAAUCUCUUUGUAUAUAAAGGAAUAGCCAUAUUUUUUUGUUUUGCAAUUUCAAUGCAGCCCACGUGAAUGAUUUGUACAAAUAAGCGCAUAAUCAAAAUCUUGUUUGAUUAUUAAUAGGGGGUAAAACAACUUACAUGUUACCUACAAAACAAUGGCUUCUGUUCACACAUACCACACACACACACACAGAGAAAUACAAUGUCAAAAAGUUUUUAUCCUGUUUCGUUUGUUAAAGAAACGCGUUAAAGCUCUCGGAAGCUUGUAGGUCAUCUUGGGGAAAUUUCGAGGAUAAUGCAUUGUAGUAAAACAGAAUUGCAACCUUUACUACAGCAACUAUCAUGAAACGAAAAGCUCGCACAACGGAGGUUAAAUUAUGAGGUGGAAUUACUAUUUUAAUUGGGCCAAGCAGAUUAUGAAGGCGAAGCGUUACACGCAUUACAGGCCGGAAAAUAUGGGCGAUCGGAAAAAAUGGAAAAUUGGGAAUAAAGUAUAGAGAAAAAAAUGAAACGAAAAAAACAAAAGGGGGUAAGACUAUUUAUGGACGCACACAAGGAAACAAAAGUCAACAUAAAAUCGAAACUAGUAAAACCAAUUAUAUAAUUGCAAAACGGUAACAACAACAACUAUUAGGAGAGAAUAUUAAAUUACAACACACACAGAGAGUGAACGAAUUGCGCUACAACACACACACACAAACACACAAAACGAACCUCGAAGAUAUAUGAACGAAAAAAAACUUGUGCAUGUUACAACUUAAAAAACACACACACACACACACACGAGAACAUUCGUACAACAGAACAACAUUCAACACGAAGCCCAAGCAAUAGAACAAAUAAACGAACAAGAAAUAUAAAUCGUA